AUGGCCAUUCCCCUCCCGAUACCUCCACUCCGUCUCUUCGAGAUCGACGACCAGUCUUGGUUUCCCGCCCCUCUCCGCGCCUCCGUCCAAGCAGUCCUGACCUUCCUCUGGGGGUAUAAAGCCCCCAUCCUCCAGCCUGCACCCCCCGCCUCCCUCGUUGCCCGCACGCUCCAAUCCGUCCUCGGCCCCUCCAUUACCGACUACACAUUCGUCGAUUUCUGCUCAGGUGCCGGGGGUCCCACACCGUACAUAGAGCGGGAGGUGAACAAAGCCUUCAACAAGUUGAACGAUGGAGGAAAUAUACUAUUACGGAACGGGCACACGGGGGCGAACGGGCCUGUGAACGGGGAUGGAUCUGGAGGGCGAGGAGGAAGGGUGGAUUUUGUGAUGACGGAUAUACACCCUCAUCUACCAGAAUGGGUGAGAGCCAGCAACAAGAGCAACGACCUACACUACGUCCCGUCCCCCGUCGAUGCGGCCAAUGCCCCGCACGACUUGCUCUCGAUGGCCGGCACGCAAGAGCAGGAUAAGAAAAUCUUCCGCCUCUUUUCUCUCGCCUUCCACCAUUUCCCCAACCCUUUGGCCACUCGCAUCCUGCACAACACCCUCACACACUCCUCCGGCUUUGCGAUCUUUGAGCUGCAAGGCCGUGACUUGGGCAGUAUAAUCACGAUACUAGGAAUGUUCCCGCUAUUGUGGGCGGGGAGUUGGUGGUGGUUUUGGGGCGAUUGGGGAUUGCUGUUCUGGACGUAUGUGGUGCCGGUGGUGCCGUUCGUGUUGGUAUUUGACGGAGUGAUCAGUUGUUUGAGGACGAGGAGGGAGGGGGAGGUGUUGGGGUUAAUUAGAGAGUGUGGGGCUAGUAUGGAGGGGUGGAGAUUUGAGACUGGGAGGGAGGUGCACACGCGGACGGGGGGGACGAUGAAUUACUUUAUUGGAAUUAAGGAGGGGGGAGGGAAGAAGAUGCAGUGA